UCUGGCACGGUGGAGGAAGGAAGAGGCGACACCUUCGACGGUAUGCGCACCGACCACCUUAAACUGGAGUUACUGGAAGAAAGGCACCUGAAGGAUAUAGUGCAACUCUCAGUGCUUGAAAUAAGACACAAGAUAGCAGAACUGGAAACCAAGCUCAAUACUGACGAUGAAGGUGGUGAAUGGAAAACCCAUUAUGAGAUACAACUUGAGUUGAAUGACCAACUAGAAAAGCAGAUUGUUUCUCUCAAAGAGAAAAUGGAAAAAAUCUGUGGAAAUCCUUCAGACAGACUGUCUUCUAUUCGUGUCUAUGAACGGAUGCCAGUGGAAGCCUUAAAUACAUUGCUUAAACAACUAGAGAAAGAAAAAAGGAGUCUUGAAAAUCAAGUGAAGACUGCACUGAGACUGGAACAAGAGUCAAAGGGUUACCACAAGACCAGCCGUGAGCGCUGUACAUACCUUGCCGAAAGGUCUCAGGGUGGUGGACUAUACUUCAAUUAAAUUUUUUAAAUCCCUUUAAAAACAUAAAUAAAUAAAAGGCAACAGGUGAAUCAACUGCCUAGAAUGAAAGAGAAUCUAGUGAAAACGGGAAGAUAUAAUUCAGUUAAUCAGAAGACAAUGAAUGCCAUGAGAGGACCAGUAAAAAAGAUUUCAAGAUCAAACCAUCUUCCAAAACUCAAUCUGUGA